GCUGCAGGCAUGCUUCAGAGGAAAGAGCUGGUGCUCUCCGUCCUGGAGGAGCUCCAGGAGGCCACCGAGUCCGUGGGCUUGGAUACUCUGAUCAAAGUGGCCCUUGAGGUGAAGCAAGUCCUCGCUCCGUUUCUCCUCCCGACAGCGCUGUGCUCGGAGAUCUCCUCUUGGAUGGGCAUCGAUGCCGUGGCUCACAAACUUUACCCGGCAGACGCCCCGGCCGGCCUGCUUCCUCUGGUGUGCAGAGGGGAGGGUAACUUGCUGUUUGACGCGGCCAGCAUGCUUCUGGUGGGCUCCACGAGCCUGAGCUUGGAGCUGCAGGUCAGGACGGUGGUGGAGAUGCUCCUGUGGAAACAAUACUACUUGUGCGGCAUGAUCGACUCCAAGGUCAUGCUGCAGGCGUCCAGAUUUUCGCUCUGUGCUGAAGAAUCACAAGACAUGCUCAAGCUGCCUACGCAGGUUCUGGAGGCCAUCUUUGAUGCUGACGUCAAGGCUUCUUGCUUUCCGAGCUCUUUUGCGAACAUGUGGCACGUCUACGCUCUGGCUUCCGUCCUCCAGUGCAACAUCUACUCCGUUUAUCCAAUGUAUAACCUCAAGAUCAGGCCCUAUUUCAAUCGCCUAAUCCGUCCCAGAACGUGGCCCAAGGACUCUGAGCCACUGACCCUCCACAUUAUGUGGUCCGGUGAGCUUGAGGCUGGCUCCGUUUUCAAACCGCGCAACUUUGUGGCCUUAAUUCAUGCCGGCGAUCUCAAAAUCGGAAGUCCAGGGAGUGAGCAAAGGUUGUCAUCAGUUAAGACUCUGGAUCUGAUAAAUGAGGAUUCACAGCUGUCCUACUCCACCCUGAAAGACAAGUUCAACAUCACAAAGAGCACCUUCUAUCGCUGGAGGAGGCAGAGCAUGGAAUAUCAUAAGAAAUCAGUCGCCAGGUAUGAAGCCAAACACUUUUUCCAGGCCUGCUACAAAGAAGGCAAGCUCAUACCCCAGAACCAGUUCAGAGAGUUCUUUCCAGAAAUUUCCAGAUCCACUUAUUAUGCCUGGAAACAUGAACUCAUGGCCACUGGAAGUAUCGGUUCUGGAGGUUCCGCCGGAGAGGUGAGCCCUGGAGAUAGCAACGAGCAGGACUACUGGUCCUCUCCGGAGAGCACGAAGCAGCCCGUGCAGGAGACCUUCGCCAGCAUGUUGGCGCUCAAGGCUGAGAAACUGGAAGGAGAUCGCUUCCAGAAUGCAGCCGUGAUGCAAGAAGCCAAGAAAAGCCUCCAGAACUGCAUAGCCACCAACACGUCGUUUCCCUACCGCAUCUUCAAACGAAAAUUCCCCGGAAUCUCUAGAUCCACUUACUACAAUUGGAGGAGGGAAGCCUUGCUGUUCACGCCAUUCAAAGAUCUCUCAGGAAGCAGGGAAGAAAGCUCGGAUCCGGAUAAAGGCCAGAAUCCGAAGGGGAAGCUGUUGCCGCCGGGUUUGCUGGCGAGUCCCAGAGUAAUCCCGAGAGUCCGUCUCUCGAGGUGCGGUCGGAAGAGUCUCCGGCUGAUCUACCUGCAGAAGAAGAAACUCCGAGAGGAAGCCAAAGCACGUGUCCAGAAGUCCAAGAUGUUGCUGUUCAAAUUCAAGCUCAAGUUCCCAUCUAUAUCGUCGUAUUACUACUGGCUUUGGAGGUAUAAGAAAGCCGAGAAAGAACCCGAUCCGAGUUUGGAGACCGAUAAAGCGCAGUGUGUCGACGCCAUGACGGAUAUUCUGAAGCAGGAGGAAAAUCAGGGAAGCUUUCCUUUCCAUGGAAAUGCUGAGUACUUGACCAACCACAUGAUCGACGCCAGCCCCGAAUUCUCCCCAUCACACUGUCCUCUCUCUGACAAGACCGACCACAACGAGCGGACGUUCGUGAUGGACGUCGUGGCGUUGGCGAACUUCAAGGCCAAGGCGAAACUGUUUCUCCAGCAGCGCUUUGAGGAGAAAUCGUUCCCUACGUUCAAAGAGUUCAGGUCUUACUUUCCUCUCACUCCACGCUCCACUUAUUACAUGUGGAAGAGGGCUUUGCAUCACGGCGUGCCGUUAGUCCACGGGUAAAGUUCUCUCUUUAAACGCCUCGGGUUAACCAUCGCAGCUCGUGGUUUUUACACGUUUCUGUUCGCCUCGAGUCUGGCAUCCGGGUCGUUUCUGCUAUUUCCGCUCCACUACGGUGUAAUUGCAGUUCAUGCAUCUUAAUUGUGUUCCUUUUUGUUCCCCCACUUGACUUGACCACUUGGUUGCAGCUCAAGGACAUUUGCAUGUGUGUGAAAUCAGACAGUCUGUUUUACACGCCACUCGGCUCCUGACGGCCCUCGGGCAAAAGGCAGUUCAAAGCCACGGAUAUCAGGAUUUCAAAUGACUCUUUUGUUUGGGUUUUGGUCUUUGCUUUAAAUUUUAAAUCGACUCCCAUCAUCCAUUUCUGUUAAAGUCUUUCAUCUGAAAUGUUCUGAAUCCUCCUUCUUUUUUUAUUUUAAACAGAAAAAAUGUAUAUCCUUUAU